CCUUUGGUGUUGCCCAGGAGGAUAACUGGAACCUCUCCAGCUACCAGUCCACACAUCGCAUGACUGAUCCAUGCUGGCCACCCUCUGGUUUCCAGCCAAGUCCCCACGGACGGAGCUACUGCUGCCUGAUUCUGGACAAAAUCAUACCUCUGGAGGAAUAAUGGGCACCCACUGGUCCAGCCUGGAUGAUAUCCUGGAGGAGGACAUGCACCAUUGGUACACCAAAUUCAUGAAGGAGUCUCCUUCAGGGCUCAUAACGCUCUUUGAGCUCAAAACUAUCCUUGAAAUGAACGGUAUGACAGAGGAGGCCAGCAGCUAUGUGGACCAGAUCUUCCUCACCUUUGACAUGGAUGGGGAUGGUUAUAUAGACUUUGUCGAAUACAUUGCUGCAAUAAGUUUAUUACUGAAAGGAGAAAUUAACCAGAAACUAAAGUGGUACUUCAAGCUCUUUGAUCAAGAUGGAAAUGGCAAAAUUGACAAAGAGGAACUGGAGACUAUAUUUAAGGCUAUUCAGGAUAUCACCAGAAGUUACGACAUCCCUCCAGAUGAGAUUGUGACUCUUAUAUAUGAGAGGAUUGAUGUCAACGGAGAAGGUGAGCUGACGUUGGAGGAGUUCAUCAGUGGAGCCAGGGAGCAUCCCGACAUCAUGGAUAUGCUCACUAAGAUGAUGGAUCUUACCAAAGUCCUGGAAAUCAUUGUCAGAGGUCAACAGAAGAAAGCUGUAAACUGAAUCAGUAAUCAACUGCUGGAUUUGGUGGAGAAUCAGUUCAGAGGAUCAUUUUUGGUAUAUUUUCAGAAUGCAGCAGUGUAUGUGCUUGAGUGAUAAAGAAGUGGGCAGUGGUGGCCCAAAGGUUAGAGAAGUGAGCUUGUGACUGGGAGGUCGCCGGUUCAAUCACAAGACCGGCAGGAUAAAAUCUGGGUGUGGAAAGCAGUGCUUGCCCUCCCUCAUUUACCACCACUGAGGUGCCCUUGAGCAAGGUCUAUAGCUCAGGCUGUGGUUGUACUGGCCAGCUUCCAGGUGUGAAUGUGAUCAGGGUCUUCCUGCAAAAGAGAGGCUUGAUUUAUAUAACACCUUUUAAACACAGGUUACAAUAAAGUGCUUUACACUAUCAUCAAGCAUGAACAUAAAACGCAAAGCUCAUACAUUAUGUAAUGUUGCAUGUAAUUCUUGGUUUGCAGAGCUGUCAGGAACAACGUGAAAAACAGAGUGGGUUACCUCAUCCCAAAAUGUCUUGGACAGCUUUGGGAUUAUUUAUAUUAGGAUUUAUAAUUAAACAUAUUAAAUUUACAGAAUAACACUGAUUAGUCCUGUUGAACAUAACUGCCUAACUCUGUGUACAUGUCUUACAAAACUUCAUUACAGAAAACACCUUGGUCACUUACUAUGCCACCUAUGCCAUUAUUACAGUAUUUGGGCAUUAACAUGUUAACACAGUAUGGUCAUCUAAAACAUUGACUAAGAUUGUUUGUUCUUUGUUUCUUGUUGUUGCUUUUAUAAAAUCUGUAUGAAAACUAUUUUGUUGCUGGUAUUCAAACAGUUUGAUCUAUAUAGCCUAGUGACUGAAUGUAUAUAUGUCAUGGAAUGUAAUGCUUUACAAUAUUUUUUACAAUGAUUAAAUUUACAAUGUUGCCUUAAAAUGCAACGUUUUUGUUCAAAACUGCAGGAGUAGAA